AUGCUGCCCCCCAACUGCUCCGAGCACAGCGCGGCGGUGGAGGUGGCGGUGGCCACGCUGCUGGGGCUGGAGUGCGGGCUGGGCCUGCUGGGCAACGCGGUGGCCCUGUGGACCUUCUUCUCCCGCCUGAAGGCUUGGAAGCCCUAUGCCGUCUACCUCUUCAACCUGGUCGUCGCGGACCUCCUGCUGAUCGUCUGCCUGCCCUUCCUGGCGGCCUACUUCCUGCGGCACAAGAGCUGUGACCCCGGGCAGGUGCCAGACAGGAUCCUGUUUUUCCUGUGGGCUCUCAGCCGCGGCACAGGCGUUGCCUUCCUCACGGCGGUGGCUGCAGACCGGUACCUCCGCGUGGUCCACCCUCGGCUCAGGGUCAACCUUCUGUCCCUCCGGGCGGCCUGGGGCGUCUCAGGCCUGGUCUGGCUCCUGAUGGUCGCCCUGAGCCACCAGAGCCUGCUUGUGCCUGCCGCCGCCGGGUGCCUGGGCCAGGAGCCCAGCAGGGGCGGCUCCUUCAGCCUCGCUUGGCAGGAGGCGUUGUCCUUCGUCCAGUUCAUCCUGCCCUUCAGCCUCAUCUUGUUCUGCAACGCCAGCAUGAUGCGGACCCUCCGGAAGCGGCUGCGAGACCCGGACAGGCACCCCAAGCUGCAGCGGGCCCGGGCGCUGCUGGCCACGGUCGUGGUGCUGUUCGCGCUGUGCUUUCUGCCCAGCUUCCUGGCCCAGGCCCUGCAGGCCGUCUUCCGGGGCACAGCCAGCUGCAGGGUGCGGAGGGCGCUGGGGCACGCGUCCGACGUGGCCAGCAGCCUCACGGGCCUGCAGAGCGUGCUGAACCCGGUGGUGUACUGCUUCUCGAGCCCCGCGUUCAGGCACUCCUACCGCAAGGUCUUCUUCACCCUCCGCGGCCAAGGGCAGGAGGCCCCGGAGCCGGGCUGCGACCUCAGAGACUCCGACUCCUGA